AGUCACACACAUCUCUCCUUUCACACACUCACAUCCUUCCUCCUUCCUCCUGUCUCCUGUACCCAGGUGUAAGUGUAACCUACAUGCAUCGCUGUGCCUGCUGCAGGAGGGAGACCUCCAGUGUCAGUGUGAACACAACACCACGGGACAGGACUGUCAGCGCUGCAAGAAGGGCUUCAAAGCCAAGUCCUGGAAGGCCGGCUCAUACCUGCCCACACCCAACGGAUCCCCUAACACCUGUGCAGUCGCUGGUGCCCCCAUGGGCGGUGGUUCUAACUGUGAGUGCUACGGCCACUCUAACCGCUGCAGCUACAUAGACUACCUGAACAUUGUGACGUGCGUCAGCUGCAAGCACAAUACCAGAGGACAGAACUGCCAGCACUGCAGACUGGGCUACUUCAGAAACGCUUCCGCCGAACUAGACGACGAGGGUGUCUGCAUCGAGUGUAACUGUAACCAGAUGGGUUCUGUCCAUGACCGGUGUAAUGGGACAGGCUUCUGCCAGUGUAAAGACGGCGCUACGGGGCCCAAGUGUGACGACUGUUUCCCUGGGUACUACUGGAAACAAGGCUGUUACUCCAACGUGUGUGACGAAGAGCUGCUCCUAUGUCAGAACGGCGGGACGUGCUCCCAGAACCAGAAGUGUAUCUGUCCCCCAGAGUUUAAGGGCGUGCUGUGCCAACAGUCACGCUGCGAGGGGGACAAGGCCUGCAACAUGGCAUGCACCGCACACCUCCACUUCCUCGCCCCCCUACUGCUCUGCGUCCUGCUACCCCACCUUCUGGCCACUUUAACUGCACACUGAGUCACCUGCUGCCCCCUCAAACACAGGGGGAACUGUUGUGUGUGUGGAUCCUUAGAGAGGGAAGGUUGGGAAAGGUCUGCAAAUACACACCCACACCUCACUGACUCGGGGAACAUGUGAGAGUAAAACAAGAGAAUGACUUUAGAGAGAACAGAGGAAGCUGGAGGAAAAUCAGACAACCAAACCCCCCGUCUCUCUCCCUUUAAUCUUGAGCUGGAGGAAUCUCGAUCUCAUACCAAAAAGCAUAAUUAUUAUUAAAUGAGCAAACGACUGUUCGUUUAACACUUUAAAUCACUACUGUUCACUAUGAAGAAAAGGGAGGGAGGAAUUGCUGCUGUAACACAAGUACAUUUCCUUUGUCUUAAUUCAUUGAGUUAAUGUGCCCCUCUUCUCUUGAGACCCUGCACUUACUGCUCCAGACAGACAGGGAGUGUGUUUGGCUAGACCUGGGGAGGGCUGAGAGGGGAUUCGCUGCUGAGGUCUAUGUAGAAUAAACUGUAAACCAGGUUUCACAUCUUUGACUCAAAAUAACAGACUUGUUUUCACCUUUUCCAUUUUUUUUUUUUUUCAUCACCUUCUUCAGUCGUUAUUGUAUGUUAUGUGCCCACCGACAGACGCUGAGAUUAUACAUCAUUAUUACAAUAUCCAGAGGGUUAUCAAUAUUAAGAUUUUAGUCACUAUUAUGGUUGUUAUAGGAAUGAGUCGCCAGUUUAGCAAGAUUUUAUCUUCACACAGUAUUCAGGAGUAAAACAGAAUUUAAACUUAUCAACAGUCAAAGGAGAGAAAAAAGAAAGACAAAGUAUCAAUAUAAUAUGACAUUAUUUGAAUAGUUUUUGUAGAGAUUAUUUUUGUUUGAAGUUAUAAUAAAUGAACUAUUCCAGAGGAGCAUUUUAUUACACUGUAAACAUUACAGUAAAUGUGUGUUAUUUGCUUUUACUUGUACAUUCUUUCAAGAGAACAAACGUGUCACUACCAACCAAAACUGGCAGGUGUCUAUUCCAGAGUGGAAGUGUCUAGGUUGCUGAAAAGUCAAAAAAGAUUACCUAAUUUAUUGGUGGGGUAAGUUGAGCCACCCCUUAUUUCUGGGAAACCGUACACAAAAUGAAUCAUGUGACCAAAUAUCUAGAAAGAGGUAACAUUGUAGAGUCCCAUUAAGCAUUCUACCACAGUUAAAUAGUUGAAACACACACACACUGACCAAAAAGUUAUUUUGUUGGCAUUUACAUAUGUCCCAUUACCAGUUAAACCUAUUUAUUUCACUUACUUGCUGUUUCGUUGUUCAGUCGUUUCAUUCACAACAAAGAUAUCAUAUUUUUCGUGGCAUCAUCUACCUACGUUAUAUAGGUAUGCACGUCAGCUUUGACAUCGGUUUGACACAUCGGCGUUAAAUUAAUAUCGUCCGAUUCCGAAAUGCUCCCCGAUAUAUUGUGCAUCCCUAAUGAGUUUCAUGCAUAAUAUGCAUAGUAGUUUUGCAAUGUGUCAUGCAUAUUAACUUGUUACAGUGCAUCAGGCCCUCUGUAUACAACAGUAAAACAAGCAGGGGUUUAGCCACCCUUGAGGAUCUUGAGAGAGCAGCCAAUGUAGUGACAUAAGAGAAUAUGUCCCCUUGAGCAGCAGCAAGGGAUGACAAAA